UUGGAUAAAAUGACCCAUCUCAGUCUCAAAGAUCCAAUUGACAUCUCCAAUCCAAGUGGGAAUGCACAGGAUAACCUCUCAAGCGACCCCUGUGGUGAAUUCACUAUGCAGAUUUGCAUGUUACUAGUGCAGUUGUGUGACAGUUUUAAGCCCUUUCGAAUGCAACCAGGGCACAGUUGUGCAUCCUUACACUUGGAAAACAAUUUUUGUUGAGUUAGGUCUGACAGCUGUUUUUAACAAAUUUUUGGUUGCGAAUCCAAAACUGAUCUCAGGUUUUCUCUAUCACGUCAAGUUUUUGAACAAAGUGGAACAAAAGAAAUGGAUACCUAUGUAAAUAAUACACCAAGAUGGCAUAGUUACGAACUUUGAAAAUAUAAAAAAACAGCAUAAAACGAAAUAGAAUUUACAACGGUAUGUCCAUGGUUCCAAGGUUAAGAGAAAAGCCAGCACAAAUCCUCUUAAUUCCGAUUAUGCGAGCUUUCUGUUUGCAGAUAUUGAUAGUACUGACCUAUUGGGAGCUGCACACACCUCUCACGGCAUUGUCUCAAUUGUGACUACACAAACAAGUUGCCACAUAGCUGUAGAUGAGUCCAAUCGUAAUCAGAUGGCAAGUCAUACUACAGCUAAUCAGUGGAAUUUUGCUCAUCUGGAGGGUAAGCUGUGGAGAAAAAACUUGAUGCACUAAGAAAAAACUGACUGCCGUUUCGGAAUCAGCAUGCCAAUUUUAGUUUUUCAUCAGCAUAAAAAUCGAACUUAUAAUUGACCUGCGCUAAGCCACACCCCCGACUUGUUUGACAUAACCUUGGAAAAUAAUAAUAGUAAUUACAAUUAGCCCGGACAAAUCGGGUUCAAAUUGUACAGGUAGAUGUGGAAAGAAUGGGUAUGCUCAUGGCAGGGUAGAGCGAGAGAAUAAAAUGCAUACAAUUAGAAGGGAUGCACCAAUACCAGUAUCAGUGGCAAUACUAUACAUCUACUGUACAUUUGUACUCUUGAAAAAAUGCUCCAAUAUUAUGACCAAUACCACUUCCCCAGCCUGACAUAUACUUUCCUGGUAGGAGCCAUGUCAGCUGUAUGGAGAUAUUUUCAGAGAUACAGACGAGUGUCCUCUUUUCAAUCGUCAAGAAAUUGUCAAUUGCACUUGAUUUGCUUCGCCAGGAGAUCACAGAACUCAGAAAGAGCUUGGAAUUCACGCAACAACAGCCACAACGAGUGUCUGUUGUAAAGAGUCAUCAAAAAACUCCUGCCAGUGUGAAGAAGGGGGGGGGACUCUGCAUGCCCCAUGUGUGCCAGAUCUCAAAACUCAUGACUUUUAUCGACACGCCACAGCGAGUUCCAACUAAUAAGAGUGUAGCAGCAUUAGACAAAGCGAUGGAAUUCCAGCCCAAUCCCUCCUCUUUGCUAAAUAUCCUGCGUCAUGAGGACGUGUGCAUCUGCAGCCAAUCAAAUGCAACUCCACGCUCUCAAUCUUAUGCCAUGUUUCCACAACGAGUGUCUGUUGCAAAGACCCUUCAAAAAGCUGCCGCCAGCCAGAGUGACGGGGUGAAGGCUGCAGGUCCCAUGCGUGCCUCAGCUCAAAAACCAUCUUUCAGAGAUGUUUUUUUUGACACACCACAGAGACUUCCAAUUAAAAAGAGUCCGGCAGCUUCAGAUGCAGAGUUCCAGACCGAUCCCUCCUCUUUGCUAAGUAUACUGCACAAUAGGGGCGUGUGCAUCUCCAGCCAAUCAACUGCAACUCCACGAUCUCAAUCUUAUGCCAUGUUUCCACAACGAGUGUCUGUUGCAAAGAGUCAUCAAAAAGCUGCUGCCAGCCAGAACAAGGGGGUGAAGGGUACAGGCCCCGUGCGUGUCACACCUCAAAAACCAUUUGGCAGAGGCACUGUUUUUGGCACACAAGUUGUCCAGACGUUAUUUGUUGACCAGGAGGAUGGACAGUGCCCUGACAACAGGGAAAAGAAGCUCCCAGUUCUUCAAGCCUUACCUAUUAAAAGCCACUGUGAAGACAAAGGAAAGAUGAGCGACAUCCAGGGCAAUCAAGAGGCGCGGAUGAUUGAGGAAGCACAGCAGUCCAUCCCAACCCUGCAAAGAGAGUCUGUCAUUUUUUUUUCCACAGGCAAGAAACAGUUACAUUUUGAGAAGCAUGAAAGCUUGACCUGUCAGGAGGGACCCAGCCAGGAUCUGUCAGACGUGGAAGACGUUUGUGAGCUUGUUAGUUGCAUCAAGCCAGCCCGCCACAGUCUGCAAGGAGACCAGAAGGCCUUUGUGACCAACACUGCACUUGCGUUGCUGCCCAAGCGUCUUUUACCCCUGGAGGACCUACGUUUGGACCACGAGAUUGCUUUCUAUACCUCCCAUUCUAUUGCAGAUGCUCCCAGGUUCCUACCCUCUCAACCCCGCUGUAGAGACCCGGUGGCGUCCUUGCGCCACUUUGAAGAGUCCACUAUUUUUUUUCCACUGAACUUGGAUGCUUCCUCUCUGUGCUCCUCUCCACCUCAAGAGAACGAAUUAAGUGAUGUGGCUUUUUCUUGAAGCACUAAUACAGAUCCCUCGAAUGUUGCGGGCACUGUGCAAACAUUGGUACUUGAGCUCCUCUCAUUUAAAAAAAGUAUUGUUGUGAUAAUGAACUAAAUAAAGAUCUGUGUUGUAGUCGCAGUACAGAAUUGAUAGCACUGGCUCUGAAUGAGGUUUGCUUGUUUCAUUCCAAUUUUCUCCAACCCUCCAAAAAAAACACACUGUGUAAAUGACUGCGCUCUAAUGUGCUUGUGCUCAGGCGAACACCUACUAAGAGGGUGUUUUCUCAUUCUGUUGUCCUUUUGUGGACUAGCACUUUUUGACAAAUUAUUUGUUUCAAAUUUUUUUUUUUAA